AUGAUUAAGGGAUUAGGCGAAGUUGAUCAAACCUACGAUGCGAGCUCUGUCAAGGUUGGCAUUGUCCACGCGAGAUGGAACAAGACUGUCAUUGACGCUCUCGUCCAAGGUGCAAUUGAGAAACUGCUUGCUAUGGGAGUGAAGGAGAAGAAUAUCACUGUAAGCACCGUUCCAGGUGCGUUUGAACUACCAUUUGGCACUCAGCGGUUUGCCGAGCUGACCAAGGCAAGUGGCAAGCAUUUGGACGUGGUCAUCCCAAUUGGAGUCCUGAUCAAAGGCGACUCAAUGCACUUUGAAUAUAUAUCAGACUCUGUGACUCAUGCCUUAAUGAACCUACAGAAGAAGAUUCGUCUUCCUGUCAUUUUUGGUUUGCUAACGUGUCUAACAGAGGAACAAGCGUUGACACGUGCAGGCCUCGGUGAAUCUGAAGGCAAGCACAACCACGGUGAAGACUGGGGUGCUGCUGCCGUGGAGAUGGCUGUAAAGUUUGGCCCACGCGCCGAACAAAUGAAGAAGUGA